AAUUUUCAAGGGUUCAUUCCUUUGAAUCAAACCUUCAAUUUUUCACUUCCCGCUUAAUGGGCAGUCUCUUUGUCUUUAGCACAUUAAAUAAUUAAAAAAUACAUAUAAAAAAAAAACAAACUAUAUUGUACGCAUUUAGGAGGAAAAAAAACAUUAAUAAUAAAUAAACAAUCAAACAAAAUAAUAACUCAAGUGCCAUAAUCUACGCAGAAGAGGAAGGAGGACGAAGAUAAAAGUACAACAACCUCGCAGCCACGGUGCAAGUGAAAAUGUUGCACUGUGUCUGGGUGUCAAAUUUGUGAAAAGGAAGAAGUUUCCCAUCUGUGUGUUGUAUGAUUGAGGGAACUACAGUAAUUAAGUUUUGAUUUCAUCUUACUCAUGGAGUGCAACAAGGAUGAGGCUCUGAGGGCGAAACAAAUUGCUGAAAAUAGAAUGCAAAAUGGCGACUUUGUAGGGGCACUGAAGUUUGCUAGAAAAGCUCAACGACUGUUUCCUGAGAUCCAGAACAUUACUCAGAUCCUUACUGUCUGUGAGGUUCACUGUGCUGCACAGAACAAACUCUCUACUUCUGAUAUGGACUGGUAUGGAAUACUUCUGACUGAUAAAUUUACUGAAGAAGCAACAAUAAAGAAACAGUACAAAAAGCUUGCACUGCUACUUCAUCCUGAUAAAAAUAGAUCCGCUGGGGCAGAGGCUGCUUUCAAAUUGAUUGUGGAAGCUAACAGGGUCUUGAGUGACCCAACAAAGCGUUCUUUAUAUAACGCGAAGAUUAGCCGCCUUGUUGGAAUUACAGCAUCACAGGUUCCAUCCCAUCACACAGAUAGGAGUUAUUUUGGGGUGAAAGUUGAUGAAAAUGCUAGAAAUUACCAUAAUAGUUUUCAUUCCCAUACUCAUAAUUCAAAUCAACAGGAUGAACGGCCUACAUUUUGGACAUCAUGCCAACACUGUAAUACUAAGUACCAGUACUACAGAUCCAUUGUAAAUGCCACCGUGCAUUGUCAACAAUGUUCUAGACCCUUUAAAGCUCAUGAUAUAGGGUUCUAUGUACCAACAGAACAUACAUCACAAUCAUUUAACAGUCAUAAAUAUCCUCCAAACCAUGUGCCGCCAAAAGAAGCAUCGAAAAGUAAUGGCAGAAAACCUUAUGGUAAAGGACCGGAGGAAAAAGUUGUGCCUUCUUGUCCUGUAUAUAUGGCAAAAUGUAGUGCUGGAAAUGGUGCCUCUUGUAAAGUUCGGAAGAGUAAAGACGGCCAUGGGGCUGCAGGAGUGACAAAGGCUGGUGCUGGAACAUCCAAUGGUGCAACAUCCAAAGCCAAGCAAUCACAAAUCCCAACAAAUGUUGGAAGUAAGAGAGCAAGGCAGCCAGCAUCAGCAGAGUUUGAGAGUGCCUCCAAAAGGCCACAACAAGAUAAAUCAUUUAAGUCUGUUAAAGUGGAGAAACAAGAAGUACCUGGAAAUGGUGGGUUCAAUAACACGAAUCCAGCUAGUUUUACUGCCGAUGUGGUUGAUCAGAAUGGAGAGAUAAGAAAUAAAGCAAAUGCCCAACCCGAAAAAACAGAUUUAAGGAAACAAAUGAAAUCGAAUAUUGAUGAUACAAAGGCCAAAGCUGAAAAUUCUCAACUGAAAUCGAAUCUCCCUCCUGAUGAUGUUAUUAGCUGUCCUGAUCCAGAUUUCAGUAAUUUUGACAAGAUAAAGACAGAGGAUUCAUUUGCUGAUAAUCAAUUCUGGGCUAUUUAUGAUGAUACUGAUUGUAUGCCAAGAUUCUACGCUCACAUCAAGAAGGUGCACUCCCCUUUCAAGCUGGAAUAUACUUGGCUGGAACCUAAUCCGAACCACAAAGAUGAGAUUGAUUGGUAUGAUGCAGGUUUGCCUGUUGCAUGCGGUAAGUACAGACUCGGUCAUUCUCAGAAAACUAGAAAUUGCGGUAUGUUCUCUCACCAGGUGCAUUGCACAAAAGGAAGUGCUAGAGGUUCUUAUCUGGUAUAUCCCAUGAAGGGAGAAACUUGGGCAAUUUUCAGACAUUGGGAUAUAGGAUGGAGUUCCAAUCCAGAAAAGAAUUCAGAAUAUCAAUUUGAAUAUGUGGAAGUCCUAUCUGAUUUUGAUGAGAAAGAUGGUGUUAAAGUUGCUUAUCUCAGGAAAGUGAAAGGGUUUGUUAGUCUCUUUCAGCAAACUGUGCAGAAUGGAAUUGGCAUAUUUUGUAUUCCAUCUAAGGAGUUGUAUAGGUUUUCACACCGGGUUCCUUCAUUUACAAUGACUGGUAAUGAAAGGGAAGACGUUCCAAGAGGAUCGUUUGAACUUGACCCUGCUGGCCUGCCUAUGAGUGUUACUCGAGUUGAAGUAGGCGAUCCUAGUGAUGUGAAGAUGAAGGUUGAAAAGUUAAACAAUGUAGUCAGUUCUUGCCAGGAAUCCUCCAAGCGUAAAGUUGAACAGGCAAAGUCAAAUGAGCGUGUUCACAAAGCAAAGUUGCGAGAGAGUAAAUGUACUGAAAGAGUUCCACCAAUCAUUAGAAGAUCGUCAAGGUCAAAUGUGAAAAGUAUGGACAAUGGUCAAGCAAGCACUAGUCAAAAUAUGGUCAGAGAGGAUGACAAAAACAAUAGCCAAAGGGACUACAGUCAACCGGAAGGAAGUGAAGCUGCUACAAUUCAGACCAAUAAGAAUUUCAAAACACCAAAGAAAUCUGAGAAGAGAAAUUAUCAUGGAGAGACAUUGACAGUUCCAAGAUCACCUAUAGAUUUAAGAAAAAAAAUUGAUGUAGGAGGUGCUGGUGAAUGUGCAACUGGCAAGUUGACUGAUGAUCAUUCUAACACUAGCAAUAAUAUUAAGGAAACUGUGUCUUCUCGGUCUGUGGGAAAUGAUAGUGCACGUUUGAAAAAAGAUUCUGGAGUUGUGGGAGCAUGUUAUGACUUUAAUAAGGAAAAAUCUAGGGAGAUGUUUCAGUGUGGUCAGAUAUGGGCAAUAUAUGGUGAUAGAGAUGGUAUGCCUGAUGUUUAUGUUCAAAUCAAGAAGAUUGGAUCCACCUCUAAUUUAAGGCUGCAUGUAUCUGAACUUGAACCCUGCUCGCCACCAAAAGGCUUGAAACAAACAAUAUCAUGUGGCUCCUUCAAAAUUAAAAAAGCCAAACUCCAAAUUCUCUCUCCCUCUGCGUUCUCUCAUCCACUAAAAAUUGAACCCAUGGAAAAUAGCAUAUAUGAAAUUUACCCUAAAAAAGGUGAGAUUUGGGCACUAUACAAGGAUCAGAACUAUGAACUUACUUCUUCAAACCAGGGCAGAGGUGAAUGUUAUAUAGUAGAAGUAUUAGCAGAAAGUGACAAGUGUAUACAAGUUGUUGUUCUGGUGCGUCUUAACGGAUCUCAGCCAAUUUUCAAGGCUCCCAUUAUUCGGCGAUCUAAGACCAGUAUACUUGAAAUAUUAAGAGAAGAGGUUGGUAGAUUUUCACAUCAGGUUCAUGCUUUUCAGCCCAGUGGGAAAGAUGAUGUUCAUCUCAGUGGAUGUUGGGUGGUCAAUCCUUCCUCAAUUCCUGGUUUUUCAUACACUUAGACUGAACUAUAGCCAUUUUAUUUUAUGACUCCAUUUUAUGUAGUUAGUUGUGAAUUUGUGUUUUGUUGUACCAUUUAACCAGCUAUUCUAUGAAGUAAGAGGAAUAUAUGGAAAUGUGUUAAAGAGACUUCUUCGUUCCAUAUUUUGAUAGUUGUUUUCGUUAAAGCUGCUGUUUUUAUCUUCGUAUCUGUUUGUUAUCAUCGGUGAAUGCUUGAUUCGGCAUCGGCACCAGAUCUUGUGUUGGCAUUUAACACUUCUGCCCUAUGAUGUCCUGAUUUAUCCUUAACAGUUUACUAUGAACUUGCAUCUCUCAAGAGCAAAAGAAAAGUAUAGGACAUCUCAUGGCAUAGUGAAGGGGAUCUGUCAUGGCAAUUCGUUUCUAUCCUUAAAUAAUUGUAACUGUACUCCUUUUGAGUUUUGAAUUGUUUGUUGACAGGGUCCGUUUACAACAUUUUAUUCAUUUUGGAGGAGUUAAAUUUUCCUUUUAACCACAAAUUCUACUCAUUGUCACGUUUCUGGAAAUAAAACCACUGAUUUUUCAUUA